AUGCAAUUUUUGUUCAAUAUCCUUAUCCGAGUUCACGCUCGAUCGCACCCAGAUACAACAGACAAUUAUUCUGAUUCAACAUUUAACUUUGACUAUCAGACAGUUUGUAAUGGCACUCUCCAAGAUCAAGUUACUCAAUCCAAGUUAUCUGGAUCCGAAAGCGAUGCAUUUGUUCAAGGAAGCAAGCAUACCAAUGGCUUAUCACAUAAAUCUUGUCAUUCUCAUAAUCUUUGUAGACGUCACAGCAGUCGUGUCAACCGACAGCAAUCUCACCAGUUUAGCAGAAUACCCUCAAAUGAUGAAACCAAUGAAUUUUUACCAGUCAGCUCUUAUUCAAACGAAGAAUAUACCACAGAUAUAGAUAACUCUGAUUUGAAUUUAGCUCAUCUACUUUCAUUUGCAAACCAACAUACUGACAAAUUGUCGUGUUCAAGUAAAUCAAUUACCCCCUUCAGCUAUCUGCAGUCUAUUCCACUUAUUGAACCACAAUGGAAGCAAUUAAUUACUAAUGAUCUACUUGUACUAAAUUGUCUAACUCGAUCAGAAAUUUUAAUAUCAUCAAGCAGUUCACUGGAAUUUACUACACUUGUGGCCGAUUUGGGUUUAUGCUUGGAUUUGAGACAUUUUAUUUUUGUAGACCAAGAUUCAUGA